GAGAAUUUGAUGCAGGUCAGGUUAUACAUAUAUGAAAUAUUAUGGGACGAUAAUAUACAUUUCUCGGACAGAUUUUUCGAUAUUGUUGAAAGCUAUUACUAACAUUCAACGAUAUAAGACUAAUCAUGCUGCACCCAUGGGCAUUGUUCUGGUCGCACAAAAUGAAAUUGUGGAUCAUCUGCUUCCUGCAUUACAAUAGAAUUGCAGUCUACGGAUACGCAGUGGACAGAACUAGUUACAGAGUGGUCUCAUCGAGAAUUGCUCUUCCGACGUGUUCCCACGUUAGGUCGUCCUCAGUUUUCUCUCUUCAGCAUCAGCAUCAUCGGAAUUCAACCUCACGAAUGCAACAAAAAACUUCUCUUACAAAUGCUCCGGCGAUGACCAGUCAGAAGUACACGAACGGGUGGGCAUUACCGAUUUAGCACGAGAAGAAUUCGAGUCGCAGUAUAUGGGAAACUACGAGACGUCAGAUCGAGUUUGUUCGAUCUCCCGAAGCAGACAGAUGGAACCAGCCUAAGUUGCUGCUAUCCAGACGUAUCGACAAAACGCACGAAGUCUCGGCCUCGUCGUGGGCGGCUCCAGUUCCCCAAAAGCGAUGAUGCCUCCUGAUGGUCCAGCAGCAGCAGCAGCAGCAGCCGCAUCAGCUGCAGUCGUACUCACGACGUCUGCCCACGGUCCCCUCACCUUCCAGCAGACAUACAUACAUACAUACAAUACAAUACAAUACAUUCCCGAUAUACGGAUCUGCGUACAAUUCGAGACAUGUACACGGCCGGGCUUCGGUGGCAUACGCACUCUCGUCCUCUGCUGGCAUUAGAAAGAUCUCUGUCCCGGGCGCUUCUUCCGAGCUCGGACAGGACCGAGCCUUGGGAUUGCCGAGUGACCUUUUUGUCCCCGUAUUGAGAUUCCUUCCCUCAACCUUUCUUUAGAGCUGGUCUUCCGCUGGAGGGGCGGGACAUGGCGGGGCGCAAGUCCUGGAUUCAGUUCCUUGUCCGCUGCAGAUUCGCCUCUGCAGGCCGCAAUCGUUCGAACAUCUGCGGGCCUCCAGGGCUGCGGGCCAGUGGCAAGACCCGCAGCAGCUGACCUCGGUCAGUCUCUGUUUAUCGGCGCCCGCCUCAUAAAACG